AUGUCUGAACCCACGAGCGCAAAUACCCCGAAGCCUAGCAGUAGCGUCAAGCUGGUGCUUCUUGGAGAAGCGGCUGUCGGGAAGUCAUCGCUGGUUCUUCGAUUUGUCAACAAUGACUUCCAGGAGAACAAAGAACCGACCAUAGGAGCUGCCUUCCUUACCCAGAAAUGUUCCCUCCCCACCCGCACGAUCAAGUUCGAAAUCUGGGAUACCGCCGGUCAAGAGCGAUUCGCCUCGCUGGCGCCUAUGUACUACCGUAACGCACAAGCGGCGCUUGUUGUCUACGACGUGACUAAGCCUUCAUCGCUUACCAAGGCCAAACACUGGGUCGCCGAACUCCAGCGCCAAGCUAGCCCCGGAAUCGUCAUCGCCCUUGUCGGUAACAAGCUCGACCUUACAAAUGACGGCAGCAACGAGGCCGCUGGCGAGUCGACUUCUACCGAAGGUGGUGAGGAUGAAGCGACUAACGACGCUGGCAACGAGAACCAGGCCGAGGAGGCUACCCCCGGUGAUGCCCGCAAAGUGUCGACUCAGGAGGCCAAUGCUUAUGCGGAGGAAGAAAGUCUGCUGUUUUUCGAAACCAGUGCUAAGACCGGUGUCAAUGUGGCUGAUGUUUUCACGGCGAUCGCCAAUGCGAUUCCGGAGAGUAGCCUGAAGACUGGACGGGGUGCUGGUACUGGUCAGACUACCUUGGGUGGCGGACGUCCGGCGGAAGACACGAGAGUGAACCUGGGUGAACGAGCCACUGCGACGCCCAAAGAAGGCUGCGCGUGCUAA